CACUGCACAACACUAGCUGCCCCUGGCACUGCCUGCAGCCUCGUCACACACCCACCAGCCACCACACCCUACGUUCUCUUCACCAUCUGCAGCGACAGAACGGGGUAGAAAACUAGAAACCCUCUCCACAAACAGGCCAGCACGUAGCCCUUGCUAUAUGCCUGCCUGAAGCGCUCUGGAGGAGCAGCGGUGCUACGUGCUGUACGUAGGAGAGACAGAGGCCGAGGAGAUGGUGUUUCCGGCCGUCCUCCCCAAGGUGGCCGCGCGGUGGCUCUUCACGUUCUACCGCGCCACCAGGAAGCUCCGGCGCCAGGCCUUCCAGCUCUACAACCGCAACGCCGCCGCCGCCAAGCCGCCGUCGUCCGCCGCCGUCUCGCAGCAGGGCCAUGCCGCCACUGCCAAGCAGAGCCCCGCCAUCCUUGAUGACGCCGCCGCCGGGGCGGCGGCCGACGGGACCGUGGUCUGCGACGUGCACGGCGCGCUGCUGCGCUCCACGUCGCUCUUCCCCUACUUCAUGCUCGUGGCCUUCGAGGGCGGCAGCCUGCUCCGCGCCGCGCUGCUGCUCUGCGCGUUCCCGCUCGUCUGGGCCCUCGGCGAGCGGCGCGGCGUCCGGGUGAUGGCGUUCGUCACCUUCGCGGGGCUCGCGCCCAGGGACGCGGACCUCGUCGCCCGCGCCGUCCUGCCCAAGCACUACAUGGAGCAGCUCAACGCGCUGGUGUACGAGCGCCUGUGGCUGCCCUCGAGGAGGAAGGUGGCCGUGACCGCGGCGCCCAGGGUGAUGUCCGAGUGGUUCCUCAGGGAGUAUACUGCCGCCGACGCUGUGGUCGGCCCCGAGCUGCACCACGUCGCGGUCGGCCGCCGCCGAUACUUCACGGGGCUGCUGGCUGGGCCCGCGCCGGGGCGGGACGUGCUGCAGGAGGCGCUCGGGGCCGUGGCCGACGUGGGCGUCGUCAGCAGCUCCAGCCCGGUCGACCAGCUUCUCGUCCCCUGCUCCAAGGAGGUUUAUGUCGUGAGCAGAGAGAGCACGAAGAGCGCCAAGCUACCGCGAGACAAGUACCCGAAGCCGCUCAUCUUCCACGACGGCCGCCUGGCCUUCCUCCCCACCCCCGCCGCCAUGCUCGCCUUCUUCCUCUUCCUGCCGCUCGGCGUCAUCCUCUCCGUCAUCCGCAUCAACAUCGGCAUCGUCCUCCCUUACAAGAUCAACUUCGUCGCCGGCGCCAUCUUCGGCGUCCGCUUCCGCACCUCCGGCCUCCGCGCCCCGCCGGCCGACGGCAAGCGUCGCAGGGGCGUCCUCUACGUGUGCACGCACCGCACGCUGGUCGACCCCAUCAUGCUCACCACGGCUCUGCAGAAGCCCGUGCCCGCCUUGACGUACAGCCUCAGCCGGCUGUCCGAGGUGAUCGCGCCCAUCAAGACGGUGCGGCUGACGCGCGACCGCGCGCGGGACGCCGAGACCAUGUCGAGGCUGCUGAAGCAGGGCGACCUCGCGGUGUGCCCCGAGGGCACGACGUGCCGCGAGCCCUACCUGCUGCGGUUCAGCCCGCUGUUCGCGGAGCUCGCGGACGACAUGGAGCCCGUGGCGCUGGACGCGCAGGUGACGACGCUCUACGGCACGACGGCGAGCGGGCACAAGUGGCUGGACCCCGUGGCGUUCUUCGCCAACCCGGUGCCGUCGUACCGGGUGGAGUUCCUGGGCGCCGUGCCGCGGGAGUGGACGCGCGCCGGGGGCAGGACGGGCGUCGAGGUGGCCAACUGGGUGCAGCGGCGGCUCGGCGAGGCGCUCGAGUUCGAGUGCACCGGCCUGACUCGCCGCGACAAGUACAUGAUGCUGGCCGGCAACGACGGCGUGGUCGCCAAGUAGGGAGCGAGCGCCGGGCGCGCGCGGCAACAGCUGGCUGUGUUUUUAUGCAUACAAUGCUGGGUAAAUUACUGUCAAAAGUUCGUUACUGUAAUUUGCAUGCGAGUAAUGGAUCUUUUGGUUCUCGUGUAAAUUAAAGAAAGUUUGAUUAGCUGCAAAAUCUAAUCAAAUAGUAGAUGCUUGGAUUGGAAUUCUCAAAUCAAAUACUAUAUAUAUUUGGUCA